CCCUCAAAAGAAUCUAAGUUGGCGCCAUAGCCUCCCCAAGAUCACUGAAAACCUCGACUCCGAGUUGACCUAAAACCCCAUAUUGGGCUGACCAUGGCUGAGCUCAUCACUCCCAUGGACAUCGACGGCGACGAUACCAACCCCUCCUCUCUAAAACCCAACAACGACAAGGGCAAAAACGUCGCCGUUUCCGGCCCCAUCCACGGCGAAGCCACUCCUUGGGUCGAGAAGUACCGCCCUCAGUCCCUCGCCGACGUCGCCGCCCACCGCGACAUUGUCGACACCAUUGACAGGUUGGCUAGUGAGAACAGAUUGCCACACCUCCUGCUGUAUGGCCCUCCUGGCACUGGGAAAACUUCGACAAUUCUUGCCGUGGCACGCAAACUCUAUGGUGCACAGUAUCGUAAGAUAAUUCUCGAGCUGAAUGCGUCGGAUGACAGGGGAAUUGAUGUUGUGAGGCAACAGAUCCAGAAUUUUGCAAGCUCACAGGGUUUGGAAACGGAAAAGGUACCUGUGAAGUUGGUCUUACUGGAUGAGGCAGAUGCUAUGACUAAGGAUGCUCAAUUUGCUUUGAGAAGAGUGAUUGAGAAAUACACGAAGAACACUAGGUUUACACUGAUCUGUAACCAUGUCAACAAGAUUAUUCCUGCGUUACAGUCAAGAUGCACACGUUUCCGGUUUGCUCCACUUGAUUCUUUUCAUGUAAAAGACCGACUAAAACAUGUUAUAGAUGCUGAAGGGCUUGAUGUAUUUGAGAAUGGCUUAGCAGCAGUUGUACGGCUGAGCAAUGGUGACAUGAGAAAGGCUCUGAACAUUCUGCAGUCAACUCAUAUGGCUUCACAGAAGAUAACAGAAGAAGCAGUAUAUCUUUGCACAGGAAAUCCAUUGCCUAAGGACAUUGAGCAAAUAUCUCACUGGCUUUUGAACGAGUCAUUUACAGAGGCUUUCAAACGAAUUUCUGAUAUGAAGACAAUAAAGGGAUUGGCCCUGGUAGAUAUUGUAAGAGAAGUGACUAUGUUUGUUUUUAAGAUCAAGAUGCCACCAGAUGUUCGAGUUUUGUUAAUCAAUGAUUUAGCUGACAUAGAGUACAGGUUGAGCUUUGGGUGCAACGAUAAAUUGCAACUUGGAUCAAUAAUUGCUACUUUUACGAAAGCUCGCUCUGCACUUGUUGCUGCUGCAAAGUAGUUAUGCUGGUCUUUUUGUGGCUUUUGAUUGAAGUCAAAGAAUGUGAAGAGUUAUGUCUUUAGUUUGAACAGUUGAGACUUAAGCUUUGGUAGUAGUUUUCACCAUGUACUUCUGAUGUGCACAGCAUUCCUCAGAUAUUCACUUUCUUUUGUUGUCC